AUGUUGGCAGCCACUUUUGAUGAGGCUAUUUACAUGACUUGGCUCCAAGACAAGAACAUGAAUCUCCUCCUCUAUCUGGAUCUAGCUGCAAAGAGAGUUGAAUUCAAAGCCAAGGAGAAAGUUGAUGUGGUGUUCCUAGCUGGGGAUGAACAGGCAGCAGCAGCAGCAGCAGCAGGCAGCAGCAGGCAGCAGCAGGCAGCAGCAGCAGCAGGCAGCAGCAGGCAGCGGCAGCAGGCAGCAGCAGGCAGCAGGCAGCAGGCAGCAGGCGGCGCCAGCAGCAGGAGGCGGCAGGCGGCGCCAGCAGCAGGAGGCGGCAGGCGGCGCCAGCAGCAGGAGGCGGCAGGCGGCGCCAGCAGCAGGAGGCGGCAGGCGGCGCCAGCAGCAGGAGGCGGCAGGCAGCGCCAGCAGCAGGAGGCGGCAGGCGGCGCCAGCCAGCAGCAGGAGGCGGCAGGCGGCGGCAGCCAGCAGCAGGAGGCGGCAGGCGGCGGCAGCCAGCAGCAGGAGGCGGCGGGCGGCAGCCAGCAGCAGCAGGAGGCGGCGGGCCGCAGCCAGCAGCAGCAGGAGGCGGCGGGCCGCAGCCAGCAGCAGCAGGAGGCGGCCGGCCGCAGCCAGCAGCAGCAGGAGGCGGCCGGCCGCAGCCAGCAGCAGCAGGAGGCGGCCGGCCGCAGCCAGCAGCAGCAGGAGGCGGCCGGCCGCAGCCAGCAGCAGCAGGCGGCCGGCCGCAGCCAGCAGCAGCAGCAGGCGGCCGGCCGCAGCCAGCAGCAGCAGCAGGCGGCCGGCCGCAGCCAGCAGCAGCAGCAGGCGGGCGGCCGCAGCCAGCAGCAGCAGCAGCGGGCGGCGGCAGCCAGCAGCAGCAGCGGGCGGCGGCAGCCAGCAGCAGCAGGCGGCAGCAGCAGGCAGCAGGCAGCAGCAGGCAGCAGGCAGCAGCAGCGGCAGCAGCAGCGGCAGCAGCAGCAGGCAGCAGCAGCAACAGCAGCAGGAAAAUAG